GAUUUAACAGCAGCUAAAACUAACGGCUGACCUCCCCAAACACCGCUGUGUUUCUGUCCGGUUGGGAGGAUGCACCGUUCGGUAUGUCUCCACCCUGCGCCGGCGCUUAAAUGAGGUAGACUCUUUCGGCAACCUGGGCCCAGUGGGUGUGCACCGAUACUACCAAGGUUUGAUGACAAGCAACUUUCCAGCAGCAGUUGCUCCAGGCGCUUAGAGGAGAACAAUGGAGAAGACAGGUGGAAGGGUGGACUUUGAAUGGGUCUACACAGACCAGCCCCACACUUCCAGAAGGAAGGAAAUUUUGGCCAAGUAUCCAGAGAUCAAGUCCCUGAUGGGUCCAGAUCCCCAGCUGAAGUGGGUGGUAUCCGGCAUGGUCCUUACUCAGCUUCUGGCUUGCUAUCUGGUCCACAAUCUUUCCUGGAAGUGGGUUUUCUUCUGGGCUUACGCUUUUGGAGGCUGCAUUAACCAUUCCCUGACUCUGGCCAUUCACGACAUCUCCCACAAUGUGGCGUUUGGGAACAAGCUGGCGAAGUGGAACCGCUGGUUUGCCAUGUGGGCCAACUUGCCCAUCGGGUUGCCUUACUCCGCUGCUUUCAAGAAGUACCACACCGAUCACCACCGGUAUCUGGGCGAUGACAAGCUGGAUGUGGACAUCCCUACGGACUUUGAGGGAUGGUUCUUUAACUCACCUGCAAGGAAGGUCCUCUGGCUGUUUCUCCAGCCCCUCUUCUAUGCCCUACGACCACUGGUGGUCAACCCAAAACCAGUCGGCCUGCUGGAAAUCCAGAAUACCUUAGUUCAGCUCACAGCAGAUGCGAUUCUAUUCUAUUACUGGGGGCUGAAGCCAGUUGUUUACCUCAUUGCUGGAUCUAUUUUGUGCAUGGGACUACAUCCCUUAUCCGGCCAUUUCAUAGCAGAGCACUACAUGUUUCUGAAAGGACACGAGACGUAUUCCUACUAUGGACCACUGAACUGCAUCACCUUCAACGUCGGGUACCACAUGGAGCACCAUGACUUCCCCAGCAUACCUGGGAGUAAACUUCCUCAGGUCAAAAAGAUUGCAGCAGAGUAUUAUGACACCCUGCCCCAGCACACCUCCUGGAGCCGGGUACUAUGGGACUUUGUGUUUGAUGACAGCAUCGGUCCGUACGCUCGGAUCAAACGGGAGUACAAGCUGAGCAAGCAGGAAUGAGCCUGUGAUCGUAUUUGUACAGAAAAGUGAAUUACAGCUGUUAAAGCAUCCCUCAAACACUAAAAUGUCAAAUGUCUUCUAAAUGACUACAUGCUGUGAUGUUGACACCAACACUUUUCACCUUUCAUGAUGGAUCCAAACGUACACGAUUCUAUGGCAUCUUAAAGCUGUCCUUCGUGCUUGUGUGCCUGCUCUAAACAAACACUGACCCAUCGCUGUGAUUCAUUGGUUGUAUUAUCGAAGCUCGUUCAUGGGCAGAAAAAACAACAAAAAUCUUAACAUUUCCACAGCAGUGAAGAGUAAGAGGUCACACACAUUAUCAUGAGAUGUCACUGACGUCAGGCCAAGUCAUUAAAAACUCCCAAUGUGAGAAUCAGAUGAUGUUUCCGAUUACUUAAUGGAGUUUCACAUUCAUCACGCUGAACAGCUCUGAGGAGGAAAAUGCAAUGAAGCUUAUUUUAAAUUAAGAGGAGCCUUUUUCUUCUGUGACGCCCUGUUCUGCGUGUCCAGAGCCCCUCGUGCUGCAAAUCAUUUUAAACACCCCUGUAGCUGCUAGAACACUUAAAAAGUCCUCAGGAAUAAAAAAUAUUUUUGCAUUACGUAAAAAACACCCAUAAAUAUUUGAGUCUCUGUUGCUGGAGCCCACUUUUUAGUUUAGAUGUUUAUUAAAUGUCUGAAUUGUUGCACCUGUUGUUUGGCAGGAAUGAAAGACGCACCUAUAUCAGGUCAUGGAGAUUACAAUGUCAACGCCCAGGAGCAAUUCAGCACUUGUAAAUAAAAACAUUCUCCUCUUCA